AGGAGCAGCAGCCUCCUCUCGUGUUUGUCGGAGAAGCAGGAGUCAGCGGAGGAGCGAUGCUGAGCGCGCGGCAGGAUGUCUCUCACCUCCUCCUCCUCCUCCUCCUGCCUCCGGUCUCUCCGAGCCUUCCUCCUCCUGCAGCUCCUCCUCGUACCGCCGUGCCUCCUCCACCCGCAGCCGUGCCGCCUCCUGGCGCAGAUCGGUCACUCCGUGCGCGUCGGUGCGCUCCUGCCGGCGCAGCGGGCGGCGCGCGUACAGGUCCAGGCGGCGCUGAGCCGCGCGGCGGCCGCGGUGAGCCGGGACCGGGAGCUGGAGCGGGACCCGGAGCGUGUGAACUUCCUGCCCUACAACCUGAGCCUGGAGCUCGUGCCCCGGCAGCUGACCGCCGCGGACCCGGAGUCGCUGCUCCGCUGCGCGUGCCAGGGCGUGGUGGUGCAGGGAGUGUCCGCCGUGCUCGCGUUCCCGCAGAGCCGCGAGGAGCUGCUACAGGUGGACCUCACCGCCUCCUCCCUGGAGAUCCCCUUCAUCAGCGUCCUCCAGCACGGAGAGCCGCUCCGCACGCAGAACCGGUUCCACCUGCAGAUGGUGACGGGUGUUCCAGAGUCCGGUCUGUCUGAUUUGCUGCUGACUGUUCUGCAGCGGUCCGGUUGGCGGGAGGGGACCGCCGUGCUGUGUCGGGGCUGGGAGGAGGCUCGGGGUCUUCUGCAGCUCCUAGACCAUCACAGCAGUGCAUCGUGGGAGGGCGGCAGGAGGGUCACCUGGCACUUGCGAGCCCUGCUGAACCUGACGCAGUUGGCUCACGAUGACACGCAGAUCCACGACUUCCUGUCUCGACACUUCCGGCAGAACCAAGCCUCACCAGCCUCAGUGCUGCUGUUCGGGGCCGACCCGCAGUGCGCAGCGGCUGUGCUGCGCAGCGCCCAGGACCUGGGCCUGACGUUACCCAUGGUACACUGGGUGCUGGGUCAGCCGCUCAGCCCCGAGGUGCUGCACACCAUCGGGCUGCCGCUUGGCCUACUGGCCUACGGUGAGGUGGAACGGAAACCGCUUGACUACUACGUUAGAGACGCCCUGCAGCUCAUCACCAGGGCUGUUGCUGCGGCGACUGUGGUGAGACCGGACCUGGCUCUGAUCCAGAACACGAUGAACUGCUACGACAAACCCAACAAGCACGAGCUGCUGACUUCAGGACAGUACCUGUCCAGGUUUUUGUCAAACACAUCUUUCUCUGGACUCACCGGUCCCGUCCGAGUCCACCAGAAUUGGUCUGAGGUUAUUACUCUGCAACGAUUCCAUAUCUGGAGUCUGCGGCGGGACGCACUGGGUCAACCCACCUGGGUGACAGUAGGCAGCUGGGAGGAUGGCUCGCUGCAGGUGGAGGACCAGCAAGUGUGGCAAGGACCCAAGCCUCACCACAGGAUGGAUGGGAUGGGUGGGAGGACCAGGGGCCGGUGGAGAGCAGGGUUGCCGGUGGCAGGGAGUCGGGUCCGGGUGGUAACCCUGGUGGAACAUCCCUUCGUGUUCACGCGGGACGUGGACGACGAGGGCAGCUGCCCGGCUGGUCAAUUCUGCCUGGAUGCUGCCGCUAACAGCUCAGAGACCCUGGAGAGAUACUUCAGGGAAGUGGCAGUUGGGAACAGCAGCUCGCUGCCCAGAGACUACACCAAGUGCUGCUAUGGCUAUUGUAUAGACCUGCUGGAGAAGCUGGCUGAGGACCUAGGCUUUGAGUUUGACCUUUACAUCGUCGGAGACGGAAAGUAUGGAGCUUGGAAGGGAGGGCGCUGGACCGGGCUGGUGGGAGAUCUCCUGAAUGGUCUGGCAGACAUGGCCGUCACCUCAUUUAGCAUAAAUUCUGCCCGUAGCCGGGUGAUCGACUUCACUUCGCCCUUCUUCUCCACCAGCCUGGGCAUCCUGGUGCGCAGUAAGGACACAGCAGCCCCCAUCGGGGCCUUCAUGUGGCCCCUGCACUGGUCCAUGUGGGUGGGCAUCUUCCUGGCGCUGCACAUCACUGCACUUUUCCUCACGCUCUACGAGUGGAAGAGUCCUUAUGGGAUGACACCUCAUGGGCGCAACCGGGUGAGGGUAUUCUCUUACUCAUCGGCUCUCAACCUGUGCUACGCCAUCCUGUUCGGGCGCACCGUCUCCUCUAAGACCCCAAAGUGCUGGACAGGCCGCUUCCUGAUGAACUUGUGGGCCAUCUUCUGUCUGCUGGUGCUGUCCAGCUACACCGCCAACCUUGCUGCUGUCAUGGUGGGAGAGAAGACCUUUGAGGAGGUCUCAGGGAUCCAUGAUGCCAAGCUGCAUCAUCCGUCACAGGGUUUUCGUUUUGGGACAGUGAGGGAAAGCAGUGCGGAGGAUUACAUGAAGAAGAGUUUUCCAGAAAUGCAUGAAUACAUGAGACGCUUCAACGAGCCGACCACACCUGAAGGAGUUGCCACCCUCAAGACAGAUCCUCCUCAGCUCGAUGCCUUCAUCAUGGACAAAGCUCUGUUGGAUUACGAAGUCUCCAUCGAUGCCGACUGCAAACUGGCGACAGUCGGGAAACCGUUUGCCAUCGAAGGUUACGGUAUCGGCCUCCCUCAGAAUUCUCCUCUGACAUCCAAUGUCUCCGAGUUCAUCAGCAGGUACAAAUCCGAUGGUUACAUGGACCUGCUGCACGACAAGUGGUACAAAGUGGUUCCGUGUGGGAACCGUGUGUUCGCCGUUACUGAGACUCUUCAGAUGGGCAUCAGCCACUUUUCCGGACUCUUCGUGUUGCUGUGCGUCGGCGUGAGCGGCGCUUUGCUGACUCUGGCAGGCGAACAUGGUUUUUACCGACUCGUUCUGCCACACAUCCGCCGCCGUCAGAACCUAAAGUACUGGCUGCACACCUCACAGAAAAUCCACCGAGCUCUGAACAUGACGUACGAGGACGUGAAGAGGCAGCGAGCUGAGAAAGAGAAGAGCUGUAACCUGCACAAGUCUCAGCCCCCUCGGGCCCCUCCCGCUCCGGGAGCUUCAGCCAAAUGGAACAACGAGACGAGCAAGGACGCCGAUGCCGCAGCUACCGCCGCUGCUGCCAAAGAUGCCAGAGACUUCAAAAGAGUCCACUUCAACCUGGAGACGCUGAACACCCGCCGUCUGCUUGCUCGUCUUGCAGUCUCUGAAGCCAAGGGAGGCAGCGCCAUGGCUGAGAGGGAGGGUCCAGCCAAGCCGAAGGCGGGGCCAAACAGCAGGCUGUGUGAGAAUGGAGGACCGGCGGCUUCGUUCACCAACCGACUGCUCACGCUCCCCUCCUCAUCCUCCUCUGCAAGACUCAAUGCUUCAGCUCCACCCCCCACAGCCGCAGCGCUUUCUCCGCCUGCUACUUCCACCCCUGCCCCCGUUACCAUAGCCCCGCCUGCCUCAGAUGCCCCACCCCGUGUUGCUGUGGCUCCGCCCCGGCCUGGCGAGCUGGAGGAGCUGGAGGAGGAGAUCGAACAGAUGAGGGAGAAGUUACGGACAGCUCUGGCAAGGAGAGCUGAGAUUCAGACGACUCUAACCAAACCCACUGUCACAGUGACAAGCGCCCCAUCAUCCGUUACCACGACAACCAUUAUGGCGACCCCAACAACGACAGGAGCCACGCCCAUUCCCAUACCCACCAUUACCCCAGUAACAACCCUUCCUUCCAACAUGAAAUGCGUAACGACCAUGACCGACCCGCCUCACAAAGUCCUAUCUAAAGUCCGGCCCCUCCAUAGCAGCCUGGCCAGUCAGAGGAGGUGAUGUUCUUUGGAAAGGUCACGACACGGCGGCCAUUCUAAUCAGCAGUGAGGAAAAAAAAUGUUCCUUUUAUUUUGUUUAACUUUCUCAAGUUCUCAAAGAAGUUGAUUGGACAGAAAACAUCAAAGAGCCCUGAAGCUAAUCAGAUGAUUGGUUACCUAAUCAAUAUUUUUAGGCUGGAUGAAAUUAUUGAACCCUUUAGAGUACAAACACUUUAUAUUUCCAGCUAAAAUUAGAAAUCCUGUGAAAACAUUAAAGAAAAAAUGAAAUUGUUUCAAUUACUUUAGAAAAUAAAAAAUUACUGUUGAGAAAAUAUGCUAAUUUAAAUCCAUAAAUCUUAAAAUGAAAGUCUGAAGAUCAGGUAACAUGCCCCAAACCCGAACCUUUAUUAUUUUACACAUUUCAAAGUUUGAAUAAUUACUCAAAGACCAGUUAUUUUAUACACGAAAUUUAUUAUUUUGUAAUAUUACUAAUAUUAGUAAUUAGUAUUGAAUCAGUAUUACUGUGAGUACAGUUUGUUUUUCAGGGUUUUUUACUCCUAAACGUCAAAGACAAUCUAUUUAAAAUAUUUUAAUAUGAUAUAUUUAUCACUUUAAAAGUGAUGUUUUUUUGUCAAUUAAGUGCUCAAUAAAAAAAAUAUCUUUUAAUGUUUUUCAGUCACAAGUACAGCUUGUGAAGUCUAAAGUCUGUCAGAUAAAUUAUGUAAACUGAGGAAGAGAAGAAGACCAGGACGUGAGCCUGAGGUACACCGAAUUUAACGAGUUCUUAGUUUGAGCCAAAUACAGAAUAAUGUAGCAGUUGUAUUAUAGAAGUGCAUAUUCCUAAAGAAUCCAGAGACUUAUUUUUGCAUAUUUUUACAUAUUUAGUAACAAAACAAAUAAGUUUGUAUAUAAUUAAAAUAGCUGCAGUGAAUCUAAAGAUUUUAUUCUUUAUUUUUAUAUAAAAUCAGAGUCUGAUGUUCAGUUUCCACCUCUGACUGGUUAAAACGGCCGCCGUGACAGAGACUGAAGAGCAUUUCUGGAACUUUCUAAAACUCUGGCGGUGCACAAAAAGCAUGUCCACUCUUUAAAAAGAAAUUACAAGAAGUACACAUACCACCAGACACAACAUGAACAAUAAAGCUGUUUCCUGUUGGGAACAGAAACGGUGGUGUUCAUGCAAUAACAUCGUUUGUUCUUCACAUAGACGUAACUCCUCUUCAUGUAACAUGAACAUGGUUAGUGUAAGCAGUAUGCCGAAGGUUUUUAUUGGAGUCACUUCACUACAGACAUGAAACCUUAAAUGUUCCCACAGAGCCUGAACCCAUCCCCGAAUGUGACUUUAACCCCACCAAUAACCACACACCAAGAAGUUAAACUGUAGAAAUGUCUUAAAGACAUAAACACCUGGAUGACCUCGAUUUUUCUGCUUCUAAACUUCUAAAAACUGAGGUUAUUGUACUUG